AUGGCUUUGUCCUAUCCCCAGAUGUUCUCCCUUCAAGGCAGAAAGGCCGUUGUCACGGGUGGAUCGAGAGGAAUUGGUGCGGCCAUUGCAGUGGCUCUGGCUGAGGCGGGGGCGGAUAUUAUUCUGAUUCAGAGAGACACAUCAAAUCUCCAGACCAAAGAAACCAUCGAAUCGCUCGUUCGACAUGAUCAAAGUUCUCCCAAUAUCUUCAUAUAUACCGCAGAUCUUAGCUCUUCAGCCGACGUCAAGGCUUUAGCACCCAGGAUUCUAGCUGAUGGUCAUGAUGUCUCUAUCCUUGUCACCAGUGCUGGAAUUCAACGUCGUCAUCCUGCCCAUCAAUUUCCACUCGACGAUUGGAACGAGGUGCUUCAAGUCAACUUGACCAGCGUUUUCACCCUGUGUCGUGAUUUCGGGGCUUAUAUGCUUGGUCGUCCUGGUCCUCAUCGUGGCUCGAUCAUCAAUAUCGCUAGCCUAACCAGCUUUCAGGGUGGUAUCACAGUUCCCGCAUACUCGAGUUCAAAAGGAGGUGUGGCACAGUUGACCAAGGCAUUUAGCAAUGAGUGGGCGAGUCGGGGAAUCAAUGUCAAUGCCAUCGCCCCGGGAUACGUUGCCACAGACAUGAAUGAAGCCUUGAUCAACAACGAAACAAGAGCUCGUCAGAUUCUGGAGAGGAUUCCAGCGGGGAGGUGGGGAAAUCCGGAAGAUUUCAAAGGGCCGGCAGUAUUUCUGGCCAGUAGGGCAAGUGUAUAUAUGAAUGGUGAGAUCUUAACGGUUGACGGUGGGUGGAUGGGUCGGUAG